ACAAAUCACUUACAAACCAACUCCAACCCACUUCCAUCUCACUUCAUCCUCAAAACGCAAGACGGACAAACCAUCUCAACCUCACAUCAUCACCACCAUCUCGACUGGCAACGCAACCACACACACCAACACCAACACCGCAACAAUGCCCGACACAACCCCCACCAUCACCACACCCGCGACAUCCACCACCCCCGCCACAGAAACGAAACGCAAGACCUUCGUCCCUCUAGAAAACAACCCCCAAGUAAUGACCACCCUCCUCCACUCCCUCGGCCUCUCGCCCAGCCUCUCCCUCCACGACGUCUUCUCCCUCACCGACCGCUCGCUACUAGCUUUCGUCCCGCGCCCAGCCAGUGCGUUGUUAUUGGUUUUUCCGGUUAGUGAGGGGUAUGAGAAGUAUCGGAGGGAGGAGGAUGAGGGGCUGGAGGAGUAUGGGGGAAGGGGAGAGGGGGAGGAGGUGAUGUGGUUUAGGCAGACUAUUAGGAAUAGUUGUGGAUUGAUGGCGUUGUUGCAUGCGGCGGUGAAUGGGAGUGCGAGGGAGUUUGUUGACCCAGACUCGACGCUGGGCAAGCUGUUAAAGGAUGCGACCCCCCUUGCGCCAACCGAGCGCGCAGACCUCCUCUACCACUCCCCCUCCCUCGAAGCCGCGCACAGCGCCUCAGCACAACAAGGCGACACCGCCGCCCCCGCCGCCGACGACAUCGUCGAGCUGCACUUUGUGACCUUCGUCGUCGUCAACGGGAAACUAUGGGAACUGGAUGGGAGGAGGAAGGGGCCGAUUUGUAGAGGGGAGGUGGGGGGUGAGGAUGCCCUUGGGGAGAUGGCGUUGGAGAUGGGACCGAGGCGGUUUGUGGGGAGGGAGGAGGGGGAGCUGAGGUUUAGUGUUGUUGCUUUGGGGCCGGGUUUGGAUUAGAUUGGGCGGAAUAGGGGGAGGAUGGGGUGUGGGCGUGGACGAGUCUUGAUGGUGAUUGAGGGGAUGGGAGGGGGAUUGUUGUCGGAUAUAUACUGUCGUAAGAGAGGAAUGAACACAUACGACCAUAGACUCGAGAGAAUUGGGCAUCCCGUCCGCUCUGCCAUACACAAGCUUGCGUAACACCUAGACGAUAGUCUCAAUCGUGCCAGUGGAAUCCGAGCCCCUUGCCGCCUUGAGGGGUGAAGCGAGGGUGAGCAGGGUGAGCGGGGUGAGCAGGGUGAGGCGACGUGACAAUUUCGUGACAAUUCCGUGUCAGUCUCGCGUCAAUUUGGAAAUAACACGGGAGUACCCUCACUUGAGGGCCCGCGUAUCCACGGAUCCACCCGACAUACGAAGCACUGACGGGCGUACUGCGCGGUCAACUACAUCAACAGUCAGAUCAGCCUCAUCAGUGAGCCGUAAGGCCCGAAAGGAUCGAAGACAGGACUCGGAUCUUUGGCCAAUGCUUUGGCACAUGGAGGAUUCACCAUGCAGUCAGCCAUUUGACUCCAGAUUCUAGAUCGGCCUUGUGACGGGUAUAUGGGUAGAGUGCCAGAACGCAUGGUAUUCCUAAACGAACUACUCCCCUAUUUCUGAGAGAGAGACGGUUUAUAUACUAUGGC